GGCGAAGAAGAAUGUGAUCUCGCAGUCAGUAGAAGAAGGAGGAAGUGAUUUUUGUGUCUGUUUAGUUUUUUUUUUUGCGACGAUUCUCUUGGCCUUACCAAUACCAGGAUCCACACUAAUUCACAAUGAACCUGGAACGGCUGCCCAAUGAGGAGAAACUCAGCCUGUGCAGAAAAUAUUAUUUAGGUGGCUUUGCAUUCCUUCCAUUCCUCUGGCUGGUCAAUGUUGUUUGGUUCUUUAAGGAGGCUUUUGUAAAGCCAGUCUACACUGAACAGCUCCAGAUCAAAACUUACGUGAAGCGGUCGGCCCUAGGGUUGCUGUUAUGGGUAGCAGUACUCACCACAUGGAUUACUAUUUUCCAGCACUUCAGAGCAGAGUGGGGGGAGGUGGGAGAUUACCUCUCCUUUACUAUCCCAUUGGGCAUUCCUUGAGACAUUUUUCCUGUGUCAGGUCUUUUGACUAUAACUAAUGAUCCACUAUAUUGGACCAAAGAAUUCUCCUUCUUUAACUACAGUGAAAGAUUCUGGUGAUUUGUCUGGUCUCUUGAGCUAAAUUCAAUGGCUGAGAAACGUUAAAGUAAUCGCUCAUGUCUUCAAAAGAUAAAUGCUGUAGGAUUUGAAAAUUCAUGUUUUUGUGCGUGCCAAUGCAUUUGAGAAAGUUCUUUGGUUUUAGAGUAGGCUGAUUAAUCUUGUAUAGCAGACGAUGUCAACUGUCAUGACAGUAUCUAAUGAUGAAGCUGGAUGUGCUUUCAGGAGCUUGAACAGUAGAUUCAACAAACUGUUUUUUUCCUUUGACUAAACUGUGGAGUUAAAUGUUGAUGUGUGAUUGUGCACCCCAAACUAUUUUUACCUGUGUAUGAAUGAUGGAUUAAAAAAAAAACAACAAUAAUGUCUCCAAGUCAUAAUGUUUUUCUCCAUGUAUGACUUUUCCCCUGGCAAGCACUCACACUCCUGUUGGUAUAUCAUUAUCCCACUAGGAUCUAUGAAUCUCUAUGGACUUGUUUGAUGACACAUUGAUGAGGAAUUUCCUCCAUAUAUAUACUCCUAAUAUUUAGCAUUGUUACAGAAGGCUCCUAAAGUCUGUACAAUCACUGGCGCCUGUUGUGAAACCCAAUACCUUAAUCCCUCCAAAUGUCGCCACUUCCCUAUCAUCCCAUGAGUCAUAACAUAAUCAGUGCCAUUUUUAGUCUCUCCAGUCAAAGUUUAAAUGACAGGUUUUACGUUACUAACAGGGAGACCAUGUGCCGGCUGCAUAAAGUGCUGACCUCAUUAGAGCGUGCCAAGAACAAGUCAAAAGUAUCGGCAUGUACUUUUAUGAUGCAGGGAGUCCCUUAAUAAAACUGAUAUAUGAGGAGUCAACCAAAGGAUCCUUCUAUGGACA